UUCGUUGGCCGCGUUCGGAUGGUGGCUACCGCUGUGGCUGCUGCAGCUUGUUAGUGCUGUUCCUCGCCCGGCGUGCUGAGGGUUGUGCGGCCUCCUACUUUGUCCGGUUCUCCUGCGCGUGAUCCCGAAGGGCGCCGCUUUCCCGCGGCCUGCGGCAUGGGCCGGGAGUCACGCCACUAUCGGAAGCGAUCAGCAUCACGGGGACGCUCUGGAAGUCGAUCUAGAAGUCGCUCACCCUCAGACAAAAGAAGUAAACGUGGAGAUGACAGAAGGUCUAGAAGCAGGGAUAGAGAUAGAAGGAGAGAGAGGUCUCGUAGCAGGGAUAAAAGAAGAUCUCGGUCAAGAGACAGGAAGCGUCUGAGGCGUUCCAGAAGUAGAGAGAGAGAUCGAAGUCGAGAGCGAAGAAGAUCUCGAAGUCGAGACAGGAGACGUUCGAGGAGUAGAAGCCGGGGCCGGAGAUCCCGAUCCUCCAGUCCUGGCAAUAAAAGCAAGAAAGCUGAGAAUAGGUCUAGGUCCAAAGAGAAAACAGAUAGUGGGGAAAGUUCUAAAGAGAAGAAAAAAGACAAAGAUGACAAAGAGGAUGAAAAAGAAAAGGAUGCCGGUAACUUUGACCAGAAUAAGCUAGAAGAAGAAAUGAGAAAGCGAAAAGAAAGGGUAGAGAAAUGGCGGGAAGAACAACGUAAAAAGGCCAUGGAAAACAUAGGGGAACUGAAAAAGGAAAUUGAAGAGAUGAAACAAGGGAAAAAGUGGAGUUUAGAAGAUGAUGAUGAUGAUGAAGAUGAUCCUGCAGAGGCUGAAAAGGAAGGAAAUGAAAUAGAGGGUGAGGAGUUAGAUCCAUUAGAUGCUUACAUGGAAGAAGUGAAAGAGGAAGUAAAAAAGUUUAAUAUGAGAAGUGUGAAAGGUGGUGGGGGAAAUGAAAAGAAGUCUGGGCCAACAGUCACAAAAGUUGUCACUGUUGUCACAACCAAAAAAGCAGUCGUAGAUUCUGAUAAGAAGAAAGGUGAGCUAAUGGAGAAUGACCAGGAUGCCAUGGAGUAUUCGUCAGAGGAGGAAGAAGUUGAUCUUCAGACUGCCCUUACAGGUUAUCAGACAAAGCAGAGAAAGCUUCUAGAACCAGUGGAUCAUGGAAAAAUUGAAUAUGAACAAUUCAGAAAAAACUUUUAUGUUGAAGUUCCAGAACUGGCAAAAAUGUCUCAAGAGGAAGUGAAUGUAUUUCGGUUGGAAAUGGAGGGCAUUAUUGUCAAGGGAAAAGGUUGCCCCAAACCAAUUAAAUCUUGGGUUCAGUGUGGGAUUUCUAUGAAGAUCUUAAAUUCUCUCAAAAAGCAUGGUUAUGAAAAGCCUACGCCAAUCCAAACCCAGGCGAUUCCUGCUAUAAUGUCUGGACGAGAUUUGAUUGGUAUUGCCAAGACAGGAAGUGGAAAGACCAUUGCCUUUCUGUUGCCUAUGUUUAGACACAUCAUGGAUCAGAGGUCAUUAGAAGAAGGAGAGGGGCCAAUAGCUGUCAUCAUGACUCCAACUCGAGAACUGGCUUUACAAAUUACUAAAGAAUGUAAGAAGUUUUCGAAGACCUUGGGCCUUAGAGUGGUCUGUGUUUAUGGAGGAACAGGAAUCAGUGAGCAGAUUGCUGAGCUGAAAAGAGGUGCUGAAAUUAUUGUUUGCACACCUGGUCGAAUGAUUGACAUGUUAGCAGCUAACAGUGGUCGGGUUACAAAUCUUCGAAGAGUGACUUAUGUUGUUUUAGACGAAGCAGACAGAAUGUUUGACAUGGGUUUUGAACCACAGGUCAUGCGCAUUGUGGAUAAUGUUCGUCCUGACCGACAGACAGUUAUGUUUUCAGCUACUUUCCCCAGAGCUAUGGAGGCCUUGGCUCGCAGAAUCCUGAGUAAACCCAUUGAAGUGCAGGUUGGAGGCAGAAGUGUGGUUUGCUCAGAUGUGGAGCAACAAGUGAUUGUAAUCGAAGAAGAAAAGAAAUUCUUGAAGCUACUUGAACUUCUAGGCCAUUAUCAAGAAUCAGGAUCUGUCAUUAUAUUUGUGGAUAAGCAGGAACAUGCUGAUGGUCUUCUGAAAGAUUUAAUGAGAGCUUCUUACCCUUGCAUGUCUCUUCAUGGAGGCAUUGAUCAAUAUGACAGAGAUAGCAUCAUAAAUGAUUUUAAGAAUGGGACCUGCAAACUUCUUGUUGCUACGUCUGUUGCUGCCCGAGGCCUAGAUGUGAAACAUCUGAUUCUUGUAGUAAAUUAUAGCUGCCCCAACCAUUAUGAGGAUUAUGUGCACAGAGCAGGACGGACUGGAAGAGCAGGCAACAAAGGCUUCGCCUAUACUUUCAUCACAGAAGAUCAGGCUCGGUAUGCUGGUGACAUAAUUAAAGCCCUUGAAUUGUCAGGGACUGCAGUGCCACCUGAUCUAGAGAAACUUUGGAGUGAUUUCAAAGAUCAACAGAAAGCUGAAGGGAAAAUAAUUAAAAAGAGUAGUGGGUUCUCUGGUAAGGGAUUCAAGUUUGAUGAAACAGAACAAGCUUUGGCAAAUGAGAGAAAGAAGUUACAAAAAGCUGCUCUUGGUCUUCAAGAUUCGGAUGAUGAGGAUGCUGCAGUUGAUAUUGAUGAGCAAAUUGAAAGCAUGUUUAAUUCAAAGAAGAGAGUGAAGGAUAUGGCUGCUCCUGGAACAUCUAGUGUUCCUGCUCCAACUGCAGGAAAUGCUGAGAAGUUAGAAAUUGCAAAGAGAUUGGCUCUUAGAAUCAAUGCUCAGAAGAAUUUGGGGAUUGAGUCUCAGGUAGAUGUGAUGCAGCAGGCCACCAAUGCAAUUCUUAGAGGUGGCACCAUCCUGGCUCCCACUGUCUCUGCAAAAACCAUUGCAGAGCAACUUGCUGAAAAGAUCAAUGCCAAGCUUAAUUAUGUGCCUUUGGAGAAACAAGAAGAGGAGAGACAGGAUGGUGGACAGAAUGAAUCUUUUAAGAGAUAUGAAGAAGAAUUAGAGAUCAAUGACUUCCCACAGACUGCUAGGUGGAAAGUUACCUCUAAGGAAGCUCUGCAGAGAAUCAGUGAAUAUUCUGAAGCUGCAAUUACAAUCAGAGGAACAUACUUCCCACCUGGCAAAGAACCCAAGGAAGGAGAGCGGAAAAUUUACUUGGCAAUUGAAAGUGCCAAUGAACUGGCUGUGCAGAAAGCAAAGGCAGAAAUCACCAGGCUUAUAAAAGAAGAACUGAUCCGGCUGCAAAAUUCUUACCAACCAACAAAUAAAGGAAGAUACAAAGUCUUAUAAAACAUCUGGAAAAAACUUUUUACCUGUGCUGGUCUGUGAUACAUGUGGCAGUUGUUGUCUGCAGUUUACAGUGUAUUUUAAGUUAAGAUUUUUAAAAUUCUUUCUUGCUGAUUUUUUUUUUAAAUACAAGAAACCAGUAUUUGCUAAUGAAUUUUCUUUCAGUAAGUAUCCCCAGAAUUAUCAAACUAUAUUUAAAGUUUUCAUUAAAGUGCCCUUUAAUGUAAAUCUGGAUAAUAUUCCAGAAGCGUAAGAAAAUUAAAAUAUUUGGACUUUCCAUUGAAGGAAAUAAAGUAUAUAAGUCGCUAAGGGGCUAUUCACCUUAUCUUCUUGCAAUGAAAUUGUGAUAAUCUCCUCAGAAAAGGUAAAAUUCUCUAAUUUUGUGACCACCUUGAGCUUAAAUCUUACUUGACUCAGUGGAACAAUAUGAACUAUAUUUAAGAAUAUUAUAAUAGAAUUUUUACAAAAUGCAUUCACAGUUUUUGUUUCAAUUUUUAUUAUCAUGUAUGGGCCAUAGUUGGACUGGUUUUUGGUUUUGUAAAAUUAAAAAUUUGUAGUAUAAGAAUUUUUUGCAUUCCUUUACACUGCUAAGAGUUUUAGUAUUUACUACUUUUAGGUUCCCCUAACAACCUCUGGCUCUGUGCCUAGCUACUAACUCUUUUCUAAUCUUCCUUAAAAGAAAGUGAUUUGUAGCCUAUAAAUAUUAAUAUGAUUGUUUUUUUCCCCUGAAAGUGUUCGUUUAUGCAUCUGUACAUACAAACACCAUACUAAUCUGAUUUUUCUUCAGGAUUAUUGAAUAGGUUGUGAAUUUUCUUUCUUAAAAAAAAGUAUAAUGGCACUCACAUUUUAAACUUAGACUUUAAGCAUUUCUCAGUGAAAUUCAUUUCACAAAGAAUCAUAAAUUAUAUUUUUGAGCCUUCAGAUAUAUUUCCUGAAUAUUCUAAUUUAAAUUGCUAUAAUUGGAUCACCUAAUUUUUUUCAAGACUCCUGGUGUAUUAGAACUUCAUAUUGUUGUCACUUCUUGAAAAAAUAAAAUUUUCAGGAAUUAAAUAGAUGUAUUUCUUAAAUUAAAAGAUAUAGAAGUUCCCUUGAGUAUUCUUGACUUAGAGUUUUUAAAAAAGAAAAAAACCAAAGAAUAUUAUAGCUGUUAAAUUAUUUUAUAGUAUGUUAGGUGGUUAAAGUGACAAGGAGUAUCAAUCAUGAUUUCUUCAAUAUAAAGUUAUCCUUAAUGAAAAUCUAAGGUAUAACUUGGAAAUAUUCUUGGAUCCCUUGCAUAUCCUCUUUUUUUCUUGGAGGAAGAAAACAGACACAACACAGCAACAGAACCAAAUAUACCAUUUACUAUAAGAUUUCAGGCAUCUUGGGCUCCUCCCCCCUCCCCCAUUUUAUUUAUAUCCUUAUUUUUGUUAUCUAGUGAUAGUUUGUUUCUUUUGAUAGAAUAUGUUGCAGUCCCACGUUGAUGGCAAUUGGUGCUCCCUUCAGCCUGCUCCAUGGUCACUUGGAGAUUCAGAGUUUUACAUCAUUUUAGCAUUAUUACCUUUAUGUUUGUAUAUCUAGUUGUAAUAAGCCACUGAUAGUACUUUGUUAAAAUGAAGCACAUUUCUCUGUUAUUACAUUUUUUUUGUUUUGUUGUUGUACGUGGGCCUCUCGCUGUUGUGGCCUCUCCCGUUGCGGAGCACAGGCUCCGGACGCGCAGGCUCAGCGGCCAUGGCCCACGGGCCUAGCUGCUCUGCGGCAUGUGGGAUCUUCCCGGACCGGGGCACGAACCCGUGUCCCCUGCAUCGGCAGGUGGACUCUCAACCACUGCGCCACCAGGGAAGCCCCUGUUAUUACAUUUUUUUAGUGUCACAGUCUUUGAUUUUUAAGAUUUGAAUGGCGUACCAGUUAAUUUGUUUUUUUAAUGCAAUAUCAAUAUUUGCUCAUGUUUUCUAAAUUCCUUAUAAAAUAAAGUUAAUUUAGUCUGAGUUUUCCUAAAAUUAUCUUUGCUGAAAUGUUUUCUGCUGUUUAUCUAAUUUUGUUUACAUUGCUAGGCAUGUGAGAGAGGUAUUAUACUCUCUGUAUCUUUUUUAAAAAAUUCUAGCAACACAAAAUAUAUAGUUCUAUCCAAAAAUAUCUUCCUGAAGAAGGCUCUUAGUCUUUAAUGGUGUUUGUAUUUGGCCUAAGAUAGGCUGUAGGUGAAAUAAUGGGUCCAUGUGCCAGUUGGUGUUUUAUCACAGUGACACUCAUUCUUAGAAAAUGGAAGUAUAGAAUGAAAUGAUAAUGGCUAGAUUCUCUUCAACUCCUUUUAGACAGUUUUAUUAUCUGAUAUAUUUCAUACCUUACUAGCCUUGUUGGUAUGCACGUGGUAUUGAACUGGUAGUCACAGUAUACCUGUGACUGCAGUCCUUUUGCGGGAGGCAUCCCCUAUGUGCAAAGAAGUUUUUGUUUGAGCAGAACCAGCUCUUGAGUACCUGGGAUGUAUAAAUCCUACGAAGCCAGCUGUGGAGCCCACUUCUAAAUAAUUCAUCAGCACCUUAAGAAACACAUGCUAGAGAGCAAAGCCUCCAAAGUUAUAACUUGUCUGUGUGUGAGCUCUUUUUCCUAUGAUGCCUUGCUUUGCUUUAUAAAACCAUCAGCUAAAGUCCUUUAGUGGCAGAUAACAUAGCACUUGUUUAAGAUAAGAGCUGGGGGUCAAUAUCAAAAAAAAACAACCCAAUCCAAAAAUGGGCGGAAGACCUAAAUAGACAUUUCUCCAAAGAAGAUAUACAGAUUGCCAACAAACACAUGAAAGGACGCUCAACAUCACUAAUCAUUAGAGAAAUGCAAAUCAAACCACAAUGAGGUAUCACCUCACACCGGUCAGAAUGGCCAUCAUUAAAAAAUCUACAGGGACUUCCCUGGUGGUGCAGUGGUUAAGAAUCUGCCUGCCAAUGCAGGGGACAUGGGUUCGAGCCCUGGCCCAGGAAGAUCCCAAAUGCCGUGGAGCAACUAAGAUUGUGCGCCACAACUACUGAGCCUGCUCUCUAGAGCCUGCAAGCCACAACUACUGAGCCUGUGUGCCACAACUACUGAAGCCCACGUGCCUAGAGCCCGUGCUCCGCAACAAGAGAAGCCACCGCAAUGAGAAACCCGCGAGCCGCAAUGAAGAGUAGCCCCUGCUUGCCAUAACUAGAGAAAGCCUGUGCCCAGCAACAAAAACCCAAUGCAGCCAAAAAAUAAAGAAAUUAAAAAAAAUCUACAAACAAUAAAUGCUGGAGAGGGUGUGGAGAAAAGGGAACUCUCUUGCACUGUUGGUGGGAAUGUAAAUUAAUACAGCCACUAUGGAGAACAGUAUGGAGGUUCCUUAAGAAACCAAAAAUAGAACUACCAUAUGACCCAGCAAUUCCACUACUGGGCAUAUACCCUGAGAAAACCAUAAUUCAGAAAGAGUCAUGUACCACACUGUUAAUUGCAGCACUAUUUACAAUAGCCAGGACAUGGAACCAACCCAAGUGUCCAUCGAUGGAUGAAUAGAAAAAGAAGGUGUGGCACAUGUAUACAAUGGAUUAUUACUCAACCAUAAAAAGAAACGAAAUUGAGUUAUUUGUAGGGAGGAGGAUGGACCUCGACUCUGUCAUAAAGAGGGAAGUAAGUCAGAAAGGGAAAAACAUACAUAUGCUAACACAUAUAUAUGGACUCUUAAAAAAAAUGGUUCUGAUGAACCUAGGGGCAGGACAGGAAUAAAGACGCAGAUGUAGAGAAUGGACUUGAGGACAUGGGGAGGGGGAAGGGUAAGCUGGGACGAAGUGAGAGUAGCAUUGACAUAUAUAUACCACCAAAUGUAAAACAGACAGCUAGUGGGAAGCAGCUGCAUAGCACAGGGAGAUCAGCUCGGUGCUUUG